UGUCUCUGAAAAGGAUGGAGCCUCGGAGCACGUUUCGCACCGCCCUCUUCGUCUGCAUUGUGGGGGGCGUCCUGUCAAGCGAGCAGAUAUCACCUGACCCAGGGGCAGAAAUCAAGUACUACAAGAUUGGAUCCAGUACGUGCCUCCAUUGCCCAGAAGGCUUUUACUCAGAUAGUCGUUGCCCUAAGGUUGUGAAGGAGUGCAAGACAUGUGAAAAAGAAUAUUACUGGACCACAAAGCAAGAUUUGCCGAUCUGCAACCGCUGUACACUCCCCUGUAACGGUAACCUAGUUGAAGUGAAUGACUGCACAAAGAAACAAAACCGGGUGUGCCAGUGCAAGCCAGGAAUGUACUGCAAAAAUCCAACUCAGUUCUCCUGUCGAACGUGCAUUGCACACAGUCCUUGUCAGAAAGGCUGGGGUGUGGAGAAGCCAGGAAAUGCUUCCUUUGACACCAAAUGUAAGCAGUGUCCAGCUGGAACUUUCUCAGAUACGGUGUCUCUGACUGAAAAAUGCCAACGCUAUAAAGUGACCACAGUGAAGCCAAGCAGCACCUACCAAACUGAUUCACCAGUUAAGCAAGCUACACAUGCUAAGGACCAUCCCCAUACUCUUGUCACCGAGCUGUUCAACCAAACCGAGUUUCCAGCCUCAAGCACUCCCCCUACCCUCCAGUUGUUCCUCAGCAGUACUACAUCUGGCAAUAAUGUGCCAGUGGUCACUGAAACCACCACUGCUCAAGAUCCACCUCUGGGAGAAGUCCACAUAAUCAGCUUUCUCGCUGUGAUGCUGCUCAUUUUCCUGCUUCUACUUAUGUUGCCACAUGUGAGGCAGAGACUUAAGAAGUUCCUGAAGGGGCUAUGUGGUGUCAAGUCCUUUCCCAAGAAUGGAGGGGUGCUUGAGAGUGGUCAUCAUAAAAAUCACUACCACAUGCCACUACUGAAGAAGAACAACUCAAACCCUAAAACAGAGAGAUCCCUGUACACUGAUGCUGCCAGUGUGAGCUGUGAACAUGACAGACCUGAGGUCCUAUCUCCUGAAAAUAGGGUGCAACAAUUUGUUGUAGAACCUAAGGGGGGAGAUAAUGUCAACAACAACAUUGGUUCCAUCUUCAUUCUGCAUCCCAGCACAGUGAUUCUUGGUUCUGUAUCUGAGUCGGGGAAGAAAGGCAAACACGAGGAAUGGCAAAGGGGCAAUGUGGAGAAAGCCGAAGAGAACAGAUUGUGUAAAAAAGAGCCCUUUAUCAGUGUUCCCCAACAAGAAUCCAUGCAGUACCCUAGCAAUGAAACUCUCUCAGUGGAAGAUGUCAUUUGUCCCAAAAGUUGUGUGGAAGAGGUGGGAAACAAGGAGCUUCAAUAUCCUGUCCCGGCUACAGGGAAAUAAAUCAGUUGGAAUCUAGUAUGGAUCACAACGAUAUCUCCCUAUUAGUAUUACCUCUGCUGGACCACUGUUACACUGGCCAGGCUGUGAUAGGUGGGGUGUAUGGACUCCAGCAGUGCUACAUUUGUAUUUUGGAGUCUGGCAGUUCUUUGAAAUACGAGGAUGAUGCUUUAAUUAAGUCACCAAGGCACCGUUCAUCCACUUGAAAUGAACCUGGACUCGGUUGUUAAGCACAUAAACUGGUCUUCAGUGGUCUGGAAUUGAAAGAGAGCCUUAGGAGCUUUUCUUAUUUUUCUCUCUGGCCUUCAUUCUUGGAUUAUGCAGACAACAGACCACAUUGUGAUGUCAGAUAUGAACUGUACUGGCUUUCUGAUUUUAAUGUGCACUUCACCGGAGUACCAGAUUUAGAAUACACUGGCAGCUUGAAGGAGAAGAACCCAAAAGAGACUUUAUCUAAGGACGGAGGCAGAUGUUUUACUAUGUGCCAAGAGUGUGGCACAUGACACAGGCUGCCCAUUAAGCUCUUAUUGUGCAGGGCUUUCUAACCUGGCACUUUACAUUCAAAUACAAUGUCUUAGAAAUGCACAUUGUUGCUAUCAUUUCAUUUUUCCAGUUACAAGGUGCUGAUAGGCUUCUUGUAUUCUAUUUCCACAAAUAUUUAGUUUUUAUUAAUUUUGUAAGCUUUAGUAUUUCAUACAUUUACAUUUUAUUCCUUGCGUAGAGACUUUAUUAUCAUGUCUGACCUAAAUUCCUUCACUAAAA